GGUCUGCCGGCUGGUGGGGCUGGCGCUGAUCGGUGGCUGCCGCUGGCCAGGGCGGCCCCGGCUCCCAUGGGCCGGCAGUGAGCGGGCGGGGCGGGCCCGGGGCCAUGCCCAGGCGGCUGGCGGGGUCCCCCGCGGGCCCCCACGGGGAGGAUUUCUCCUUCGUGAGCCCGCUGGUGAAGUACCUGCUCUUCUUCUUCAACCUGCUCUUCUGGAUGAUCUCGAUGGUGAUGGUGGCCGUGGGCAUCUACGCCAGGCUGAUGAAGCAUGCAGAGGCGGCCAUGGCCUGCCUCGCGGUGGAUCCCGCCAUCCUGCUCAUCGUGGUGGGCAUCCUGAUGUUCCUGAUCACCUUCUGCGGCUGCAUCGGCUCCCUGCGUGAGAACAUCUGCCUGCUGCAGAUGUUCUCAAUCUGCCUGACCCUAGUCUUCCUGCUGCAGCUGGCAGCUGGAGUGCUGGGCUUUGUCUUCUCUGAUAAGGCACGUGGGAAGGUGAGCGAGAUCAUCAACAACGCCGUCGUGCAUUACCGCGACGAUCUGGACCUGCAGAACCUCAUCGACUAUGGGCAGAAGGAGUUCAGUUGCUGUGGGGGUAUCUCCUACAAGGACUGGUCCCAAAACAUGUAUUUCAACUGCACUGCCGAUAACCCUAGCAGGGAGCGCUGUUCUGUGCCUUAUUCUUGCUGCCUGCAUGCAGCUGAUCAGGCUGUCAUCAACACCAUGUGUGGCCAGGGGAUGCAAGCCAUGAACUACCUGGAGGCCAGCGAGUUCAUCUACACCAACGGCUGCAUUGACAAGCUGGUGAACUGGAUCCAUAGCAACCUCUUCCUGCUGGGGGGCAUCGCGCUCGGCUUGGCCAUUCCACAGCUGGUGGGAAUCCUGCUCUCCCAGAUCCUCAGCAACCAGAUCAAAGACCAGAUCAAGCUGCAGCUCUACAAUCAGCAGCACCGAGCAGAUCCUUGGAACUGAAACCCCACCGAGAAGAGCGAGUGCUUCCUUGCUGGGGAAGUGCCUCUCGCCCCAUGGCAGGGAACGGCGUGGGGAGGAAGAAGAGACCUGCAUUUUCCCCUGCUAUUGCUCACCCUGCCCUGCCCAGGAUGGGACAUGGGGAUAGCCCCCAGGAGAGCAGAAGAGACCCCCACCCCCAAGGCAGGCAGCGAGAAGCUGCUGCAUCUCGGGCAUCCUCUGUAGCGACCCCGCCCAAGUAACUGACAUCUUGGUCCCUUUUUUGGGCAGUGUUUUUUGUUUUGGUUUGGUUUUUUAAAGAGGGAAAAGAGCAAAAUAUUUCCCAGCUGCCCCAGCCCUCUCUGGGAAUUGUCUUGAGAGCUGCCUUGGCUGCGUCUUUCCCUAGAAGGCUGACGCAUUGGUGCUACUGGGGCACGGCUGGGCUGGCUGGUAUGGGAGGGGGGUAUAAUGCAGGUACAAGCUUCUUUCCUCUUGUGUGGUCUUGGAGCACGGGGAGGGGGGCCUUGCCAGCUUCCAGCCCCCAGACCUGGACCAGCUGCCUGUAUCCAGAUGGGAGUGACACCAGACAGGAGAAUGAUCAGCCCCUGACCCUGCACUGAUCUUUACUGAUGCUCCUCUGGCUUAAAUAUAUCAGGAGGGGGCUGCUAAGGGGGGAGGGCUAGAGGAUGUAACUAGUUGCCAAAAACCAGACUCCGGAGGUGGGGGCCAGGAAUGGGAUCUGGAGCCCAGCACUCCAGGGUGCUGACUCCAGUCUGGGGGCACCGUCUGACUCUGAAGUGGGUCUUGGGCACGGGAUAUGAAGCCUUUCACUGCUAGGGUUUCCAGUCCCUGCCCAGGCAGCGCCAGCAGUUGUUACUGUCUUCCAGGGAAGACUUGCCGCAUUCCCUGGCAGGGUUGGUAUCCCCGUGGCACACAGCUGGGUUGCCUUGGAGGUGAUGUUCUGGGCUCUUGGAAACCUCCGAGAGGCAGAGUUUCUCAAAGCUGAUCCCUGUGGCAGGCAGCAGCUGUCAGCAGCUCUGGGAAGCCCUCAGUCUGUGGCUUUAUAGUCUAGCCGGAGGCCCGCGUGGAUCUUGGCUCUGGACUCUCGAGUUCAGUGGAUGCAGCCAAAGAUCAGAGGGUGCGUUGGCUACUCCAAGUCCGUCCAAUGUGGCCCGCAGCCCCGGGUGCUUGGCUAUGGGAAGGGACUGAAGCCGCAGACCCUCAAGCAUAGAGCAGAGACAGCAGUGGAGUGGCCAGUUCUGGGCACAGAAGAGUCCAGUUGUCAGGGCCAUUAAUGGUGGUAGCUUCUACCAGUCUGACUACACGGAAUUCAGCUCCCCCAAGCCUUGAAUUUAGGGAUGUUUAAACCCUCAGAGCAGCUGCUCUCUUGCUGAGCUCUCUCUUAGCUGCAUGUACGAUGAUGCUCCUGAAUGGAUCCAUCCGCAGGGAUUGAACCUGCAAUCUCUGGCUCCAGAAACAUAAGCUGCUACUGUUUGAGCUAAAGGACCAAGUCGUUAGCUCGGACAGUAACAGGCUCAUAAACCUGUGUCCAUGGUGUCACCGCUAAGGGGGACGAAGUCGCACUGUUAGCACAGAGGCAGGAAGAGGUAAGCAGUUUUGUAUCCAAACGCUCUAUACCUAUCCAACAUUGCUGGCAAGAGAUGCCCAUUGCGUAAGGCAGCAAUGAGGGGUGGCGUGGCAGGAAGCAAUCGGGGUAACGGGUUUGCAGUCGUCAGCCUGGCGUGGGUGAACCAGGCAGGGUGGGACUGAGAGAACACGAAGGAAAAGCAGUACAGCAUCUCUUCCCAUAGGGUUUGCUGCAUCCGAACCAGUGGCUGAUCCAUCUAGUGAAGAUAUUUGAUACUGGGGGGCUCCUUAGCCUAGCAGGCAAAGGUGGAAUAUGAUCCCAAGGCUGGGAGUUGGCAGAGUUAAAACGGGAAAUACGGUGCAAAUUGUUCCCAGUAAUGGACCAUUAGAACAGCUUCCCCAGGGAUGGGGCAGCUUCUCCAUCAGGUGGGCCCUUUGUAUUGAGGCUGGGUGACUUUCUAAAAGUUGCCCCAAUUCAACCACACGUUAUGGGCCUGAUCCAGGUGUCACUUGGUGGAAUUCUCCAGCCUGUGCUCUGCAGGAAGUCAGAUGAGAUGUUUGUAACAGUCCCUUGUGGCCCUAAUGCCUGGGGGCAGCUUAUCUUGGACAGGGGCUGGUGCCAGGUGGGUCAGAGGAAGGUACAACCAUCCUUCCCCUCCACCAGUAACGGUCGGUUAGCGUGCGCCCUGCAAACACCACCAGCUGCACCACCGUGGAAGGCGAGACCCCAUGAUCUGUGUGUGUUACCUCUGUGGAUGGACAUCUCCCCGUGUUCUCUCCUGCUCCCAAGAGGCAGCAUCUCCUCCUGGCAUGGAGAGUCUGUAACAGGCCUCUUGGAGCAUGCACAGAUCGAUAUUUUGAACACUACAAAGGGAGGGAGCGGCACAGACUUCUCUCUCUUUGGAGGUGUGUAAGUAACACAUGGGUUCGAUAUUUAUCUGUGAAAUUAACUCCUCUGUGAUGUUUUCCCUUUGCUUCUGUGGCGAAUGAAAGCAAGUUGGGUUCUGGCUGAAGUUAUAGUUUGUUUUUUCUCUGUACUGCACCUGCCCUGAAAUAAAACCUCUGUGUGCGCGUGCACGCACACACCUGCCCUCUG